AUGACUACAACGCUUGCGCAAAUUCGCAACGGGGACAACAGGGAAGGCGACGGACAGGGAACCGGAAGCAUAAAUCAAGGAACAAACCAAGGAACCGUAAGAACUUGCACCUACAAGGAUUUCACCAACGCCAACCCUCGAACCUUCAAUGGGACAGGAGGCGUAAUAACCUUGAAACGAUGGAUUGAGAAGGUGGAAUCAGUGUUUGAAAUUUGCGGAUGUCCGGAUGAGUCUAAGGUCAAGUUUGCGGCCUGCACGUUUGUUGAUCAAGCCCUCUCCUGGUGGAAUGGUCACAUAGAGGCCAUGACGCUCCCGGUGGCGAAUGCGAUACCAUGGGAGGAACUUAAGGAUAUGUUGUUAGCUGAGUACUAUCCCUGGGGUGAAAUUCAGAAAUUGGAACAAGAAUUGUGGAACCUCACGGUUCAAAACUCUGACAUUGAUACGUACAUAACAAGGUUUAGUGAGCUUUCUCUUUUGUGUCCCGGAAUGAUCACAUCUGAAGGGAAGAAGAUCGAGAGAUUUAUUUGGGGGUUGACCGCGCAAAUCCAAGGAAUGUAA